AUUGUGAACCACUGAGCCACAAGCAACACACCAAAAAAAGAUUGCGAAUUCAUUUCGGCUAUAGAAAUUGUGUUUAGUGUGGCGUUUUUAUAUAUCUACAAACAAUUGUACCUACCUUAGUGUAAAGUGUGUGUAAUUAAAUAACAGAGAGUGCGUGAGGGAGAGAGCAAAUAAACGGAGCAUCAAACAAACAGUCGUCUUUGCCUCUUUGACUCCUCAGACUCCUCCUCGUGUGAAUAUAUUUUGGUCAUCAUCGUUGUAGUUGUGGUUGUGGUUUAUUUUAGGAAUAGCAGAAGAAAUAAACAACAGAAUUGCAAAUCGAGAUCAUGUCCCGCUCUGAGUCAGCCAGAGCAACGAGCAGCAGCAGGAGCUCGGAGGCGCCUCUCUGCAAACGCCUCAAAUUGAAUGAAGAUGCCGGCCGGGCAGUUGGGGCAGUUGCCGGUGGUGGAGCCUCUGCUGCUGCCGCUGCUCCUCCUCCUCCUCCAUCUACACUGUUGCCAGCAGCAGCAUCGCCAAGCAGCAGCAACAACAACAGCAGCAAUAACAGCAACAACAACAACAGCAGCAGCAGCUACGAAAAUCACGACAAAGCAAACGACGUUGACAUGUUGAAUGUGAGCGAGACAGCUAGAGCAACGACUGCUAAUGCUGGCGAUUUGUGUGUAUCGUCGUCCAGCUCUGACGCAUGCAAAGCAAAUAAGUCGUCGUCGUCGUCCAAGCAAGAAGAACAAGCAGCUGCCGGUGGCGGGGAUGUCGUUGUUAGUACAUCGUCAGCAGUGAAUAAGGAAAGUAGUCGCAUACAAAGUUGUGCGUCGUCCUCCUCAUCGAUAAUAACUAAUAAUAAUAAUAAUUCACAACUGGCAACGACAACAAUAACAACAACAAACAACGCGCGCGCUGUCAGCUCAACAAACGUUAGUUCAACCAAAAACAACAGUAAUAACAGCAACAACAAGAACAGCAGCAGCAACAAUAACAGCAGCAGUAACACAAGUGCAGUUAUGGCUGCCAACAACAGCAACAACAACAGCAGCGGCAGCAGCAGCGCUGCCGGAUCUGCUGCUGGAGGCGAUAUUGAUGAAUCGCUGUAUUCGCGCCAACUUUAUGUGCUGGGACACGAUGCAAUGCGGCGCAUGGCCAAUUCGGAUAUUCUUUUGUCCGGUUUGGGCGGCCUCGGCUUGGAGAUAGCCAAGAAUGUCAUUUUGGGCGGCGUUAAAUCGAUCACCCUGCAUGACACAGCAACUUGUACGCUGAAUGAUUUGGCCUCGCAAUUCUAUUUGACCAAAUCGGAUAUUGGCAAGAAUCGUGCCGAGGCCUCCUGUGCCCAAUUGGCCGAGCUGAAUAGCUAUGUGCGUACUCUCUCACACACGGGCCCCCUGACGGACGAGUUCCUGUGCAAAUUCCGUGUAAUUGUGCUGACCAAUUCGGAUGCCGAGGAGCAGCAGCGCAUCGCACAAUUCGCCCAUGACAAUAAUAUUGCAUUGAUCAUUGCGGAGACGCGCGGCCUGUUCGCCAAGGUCUUCUGCGAUUUUGGAGAUAAGUUCACCAUUUAUGAUCAGGAUGGCGCCCAGCCGGUGUCGACAAUGAUUGCGAGCAUAACACAUGAUGCACAGGGUGUUGUCACUUGCCUGGAUGAGACACGUCAUGGCUUCAAUGAUGGUGACUAUGUCACCUUCUCCGAGGUGCAGGGCAUGCAGGAGCUGAAUGGCUGUCAACCGAUCAAGAUCAGCGUACUCGGUCCAUAUACUUUCAGCAUUGGAGACACCAGUAAAUUCUCGGCCUAUAAAUCGGCUGGUGUUGCCACCCAAGUGAAGAUGCCCAAAUCGGUUAGCUUUAAGCCAUUGGCCGAGGCGGAAAAGGAGCCGGAGUUUUUGAUCUCUGAUUUUGCUAAAUUGGAUGCACCGGCCACGUUGCAUGUGGCAUUUAAGGCACUCGAUGGCUAUGUGCAGGCGAAUAACGCCUUGCCACGUCCCUGGAACGAGGAGGAUGCCCAGAAAUUUUUGCUUAUUUGCAAGGAGCUGAAGAGCGAUGUGGAUGAGCAGCUGGCGUUGCAGUUUGCCAAGAUUUGUGCGGGCAACACGUGUCCCAUGGAUGCCGCCAUCGGUGGCAUCGUUGCCCAGGAGGUGCUCAAAGCGUGCAGCGGUAAAUUUACACCAAUCUUUCAAUGGUUCUACUAUGAUGCCAUCGAAUGUCUACCAACUGGUGGAGUUAGCGAGGAAGAUGCCCAACCGAUGGGCACACGUUAUGAUGCACAGAUUGCCAUAUUUGGACGCAAGUUUCAGGAACUGUUGGGCGAUGCCAAAUGGUUUAUUGUCGGCGCCGGCGCCAUUGGCUGUGAGCUGCUCAAGAACUUUGGCAUGCUCGGUCUGGGUGGACGCAAUGGCCAGAUCUUUGUCACCGAUAUGGAUCUAAUCGAGAAAUCCAAUUUGAAUCGUCAGUUUCUGUUCCGUCCACACGAUGUACAGAAACCCAAGGCGCUCACUGCUGCCGAUGCAAUCAGGCGCAUGAAUCCCGAUGUUAAGGUGACGGCACAUGAAUUGCGUGUCGGUGCCGAAACGGAGAAGGUUUUCUCCGAAGAGUUCUUUGGCAAGUUGGAUGGCGUCGCCAAUGCUCUCGAUAAUGUCGAUGCACGCAUCUAUAUGGAUCGCAAGUGCAUCUUUAAUCGCAUACCGCUCGUCGAGACGGGCACACUCGGCACCAUGGGCAAUGUGCAGGUGAUUGUGCCAUUUGCCACCGAAUCGUACAGCUCCUCACAGGAUCCGCCCGAGAAGAGCAUACCGAUUUGUACGUUGAAGAACUUUCCCAAUGCCAUUGAGCAUACGUUGCAAUGGGCACGCGACUCCUUCGAGGGUGUCUUCAAGCAGAACGCUGAGAAUGCGGCCCAAUACAUCUCUGAUCCGCAGUUUACCGAGCGCAUCCUCAAGCUGCCCGGCAUACAACCACUGGAGAUUCUGGAGUCCAUUAAGAAAGCCUUGCUGGAUGACAAACCGAAGAGCUUUGCUCACUGCGUGGAAUGGGCUCGCUUUAGCUGGGAGGAUCUCUAUGCGAAUCAGAUCAAGCAGCUGCUGUUCAAUUUCCCACCCGAUCAGGUCACCUCCAGCGGUCAACCGUUCUGGUCGGGCCCCAAACGUUGCCCGGAGCCGCUUGUCUUUGAUGUGAAUGAACCGAUGCAUUUGGAUUACAUUUAUGCGGCUGCCAAUUUGCGUGCCGAGGUUUAUGGCAUACCCCAAGUGCGUGAUCGCCAGCAGAUUGCCGAGCUGGUGCAGCAGGUUAAGGUGCCCGAUUUUAGGCCACGCUCUGGCGUCAAGAUUGAGACAAAUGAGGCCGCUGCCGCCGCCUCGGCCAAUAAUUAUGAUGAUGGCGAGGUGGAUCAGGAUCGUGUGGAUAAGAUCAUCACUGAUCUGCUGAAGAAUGCGGACAAGAAGUCGACAAUAACGCCGCUCGAAUUCGAAAAGGACGAUGAUAACAAUCUGCACAUGGACUUCAUUGUUGCCUGCUCCAAUUUGCGGGCGACCAACUACAAAAUCCCACCGGCCGAUCGUCACAAGUCCAAGCUAAUCGCUGGCAAAAUAAUACCGGCAAUUGCGACCACCACAUCGGUGCUGUCCGGCCUGGCUGUGCUCGAGGUGAUGAAACUGAUUGCCGGCCAUCGGGAUUUGGCCAAAUUUAAGAAUGCAUUCGCCAAUUUGGCAUUGCCAUUCCUCGCCUUCUCCGAGCCGCUGCAGGCGGCCAAAAAUAAAUACUACGACCAGGAAUGGACAUUGUGGGAUCGAUUCGAGGUGACCGGUGAGAUGUCGCUGCAGGAGUUCCUCAACUAUUUCGAUGAGAAGGAGAAACUGAAGAUCACAAUGCUGUCGCAGGGCGUCUCAAUGCUCUACUCCUUCUUCAUGCCCAAGGCCAAGUGCUCCGAACGCCUCCCACUGCCCAUGUCCGAGGUGGUACGCCGUGUCUCCAAGCGACGCAUCGAGCCCUACGAGCGUUCGCUGGUCUUUGAGAUCUGCUGCAACGAUGUCGACGGUGAGGAUGUGGAGGUGCCCUAUGUGCGUUACACGCUCCCCUGAAACAAGCACAUCAGCCACAAGCCGGCCGCGCCCACACGCGCCCCUAAUCUUAAUCGUAACAGUUAAAUUAUUAUUUAAAAACAAACAAACAAAAAAAAACAAAAACACAAAUGGAAAAUCACUUUUUUGGUCAUUGUUGUUGUGCGCCGCACUCAAAGAAAAUUUGUACUGUGCAUUUUAAGAGAUACACGCAAAGGAAAAAGCACCAACAAAUAGGAAAACAAAAAAACAUCAACAAAUUGAAAGCAAGCAUUAAAACUCUCACACAUACACACUCAAACACACACACGAACACAACUAAUUGAUAUAGAAAUUAUAUAUUAUAUACAAGUAUGUGUAAUCCUAUAAGGAUAAUGGCAAAUAUUGAAUUCGCGUUACACAACAAAAAAAAAUACAAAGACUCGACCUAAAAACUAAACAAGAAAAAUCGAUAAAACAAAAACAAAUAAUAAGAAAAUAAACAUUUGUCUGCUCAGCAUAUAUAGGCUAUAAAGAAACGUUUACACAAAUUUGGAGAACAUUUUCAAAUUCAGUUAACAUCUAAUUUUUUUUUUUUGUUAAAAUUAAAUUCAAAUUGUAUUUAAAUCAAAGGCGAAGCAACUGAAUAAAGCUGUAUAUUUCAUAUGGUAAACGGA